CCAACGGCGGAAGUGGCCAAGAGGUCAUCGGGACUGGACACGAAAUGGACGGCCCAGCUCCGUCUACAGCCGCAGAAUCUGGCACUGGGGUGCAUAGCCAGCAUGACAACGAAUCAUCCGACACCACGAAAGGAUGCCGGCACGUCACGGCGGCCUUGAACAUUUCGUUGCUGAGAAAGCGGCUGAAGAGAGGCGGGCUCCAUCACUGCGAGACUUGUGGCGACGAUAAUUGUGGAAAGAAGAAGACCAAACCAAAGCAUGCAGUCAAACACAUCACUGACCUGGACAAGGUUUCCUUAAACGGCAUGUGCAUCGCAUGUGGCUUCGUGGGUUGUUUACAGCAUAAUCACUGCAUGACCCAUCUUCAGCACGUGGCGAAACACUUCUGCAUGUUCGACAUGGCGACAAGAGCGAUUUGGUAUAUUGCCGCCGCCUAUGCGUGCGAUGUGGUCUCAAGUAAUAUGGACAUUGUUUUUUAAGGUGUAUCAAAUGCGAUGGUGUUGUCGUCGCCCGGAGCGAUCGUAUCGCCCAAACUAUUCGUGAUAUCCACCAGGCCUUUGACGACAUUGUGGUUGGAAAGAGCGGACGAAUGCUCCAUGCGAAGAUCGUUGGGGAGCCAGAAAAGGACAAGCCACUAACUGUUCGACCAUCAAGCCGAAAGAACCAAAAGGCUCACACAACUAAAAACCAAUCUCAAGUCGAACAAAGCGAUGACGACUCCGUCGCCGAGACCUACGGGGUCAGUGUCAUUCCAGGACUGGCCAACUUGGGCAAUUCUUGCUACUUCAACUCAACGAUUCAGGCGCUAAAGGCAGUCUUCUUGCCGCAACUGCUCAAACAAGCAGUCGCGAAAGAGCAUGGUCGAGGGCCGAUCACCCAAGCUCUCAUGGACUUCAUUUUGGACGGAACAACCUUACCAGCUACAAAGAUCAAGGGCAAGCGAGUGUACAAUCCAUCGACACUUCUCACGGAGGUCCGAGAAAAGUGUCGGCAAUUUCGCAAUCGAGCGCAGCAAGACGCAUACGAGAUGCUCUUGGCUCUUGUGUGGGCAAUUGACGACGAAUUCAUCGCGGCUUCAAAAGCUACGGCGCCGUCCCCACCAAGCACAGCGCAGCCGAAACCCUCGAUUAUGGAGCAAAUUUUUGUCAAGACCGAUGCCGACACACUGAGUUUGAUGGUUCCACAGGGAAGCUCCGUGGAAGAAAUCCAGAAACUCGUGGCCAAGCAGCUUCGUCUGAACGAAGACGACUUGUUCGUGGCCGGGCCUCCUCAGCCAUCCAUAGCGCCGGACUGCGGCUCGGUCGACAACUUUGUUUGGCGCGCAAUGAUGGGGUGUUUGGUCAACACGGUCGUGUGUCAGUCGUGUAAUUCCACAUCGAAGACGUUUGAUGCAUGUAUCAGCAUCACCGUAUCCAUUCCCAAAGACGUGAAUGCGUGCACCAUUGAAGACGCGUUGGCGGCGUUCACGGCGCCUGGUGUCCUCUCCGAAGCCCACGGAUGCGGGUAUACCUGCGACCAUUGCAACGCAAUCUCUGGAUCGUCACAGCUCCGCACGGCGGCGAUUCAAAUGCAGCUGCACACUCCAGCCCCCAUCCUAGUUUUGCAUCUCAAGCGCUUGACGAGGCUCAAGAAAAACACUCUCCAUGUCGCCUUUUCAACCGACCUGGACGUGGCUCCAUAUCUUUCCCAACCUCCCUGCGGACCUCAGCUUCCCACAACCUACUCGUUGCAUGCGGUCGUCGUCCACUCGGGCAACCGGUUUGGCGGUCAUUACGUGGCCUACGUCAAGCACGGCGGCCAGUGGUUCGUCACGAGUGACACGAGUGUCAAGGAAGUGAGCGAAGCCACCGUGCUCCAAGCCGAGGCGUACCUACUCUUUUACAAAUGGAUCUACUAGCCCCGCAACACGACAGCGACUUUGUGAAGUAUAGUAUUACGAAUCCAGUGCUCAGCCGUGUCUGGGACGCACCUUAAGCCGUUUCCUUUGAAUUGAUAAACGGAACGUGGGCGAGAA